CAAUGUAAAAUCUUUAAAUACAUUGGAAGAUAAGGAAGUACUUGAAAAUAAAAUUGAUAUUCUCCCUCCGCCAGCUAAGAAAAGGAGUAAAGAUGAGAAGAAGAAAGAUGUCAAGUUAAUUAAAUCUGAUAUUAAAUCAAUAUCGAAGAAUUGCACCGUGAAGGAUAAAAAGUCUGAACGUAAAAAAAUUUCUGAGAAGGAUUCGGCAAGCAAUAAGAUUUCUCCUAAAACGAAAAAAGAUUCCAAAACAAAACAAAGUCAGAAAAAGGGCAUUACGAGAAAAACGGUUCUGACAAAGAAGCCUCAUUUAUCGGUAGUUAAAAGACUGGUGGACAAGAAGAUCAAGUUAGUCAAGCCAGUAAAAGAUGAAGAAAUGAGCGAAGAUGAAGAUGCAGUCAAGAAAGUGAAGAAGAAGAGUAGUAACUUCGCUAAGAGUAAGACUUUGCAAGAGAAAAAACCAAAGCUGGCGAAACACAUGAAAGCCAAAUUGCCUCAGAAGCAUUCGAAGAUCAGUGCUGUUCUGAAAAGGGAAGACAAGUUGAAAACUAUAACGGAGAAGAUUAUGACCAAGAAGAAAAUUGAAUUGAAAGAGUUUGACCAAGUUUCGACUGAACAUAAAAAGAUCGCGAACAAAAGCGAGACUUGUCAAGGACCAGAAGUGAACAGCAUUAAAAGCGAAAUUGAAGAAGACAAGGAUUCCGAUAAGUGCAAAGAGGAGAGUCUUCAACCAAAAUUACAGGAUAAUAAGAAAGCUAUUAAAAGUGGUAACAAAAUUAGCAGCAAAGCCCCAAAGAAGACUGGGAAAACAAUAAGGGUACAAACGGAGAGCAAUAAUCAAACGUCAGUUUUAUCUGAAGAUGCAUCUACCGAAGAAUCUAAUAAGCAAUCCAAAAUUUCGGAAGAUAACGCGAAGUCUACCGCAAAUUCCAAACAGGAACAAAUCGGCGCUGAGAAUACGGUUGAAUUAAAUCUAAAGGUUGAGGCAAUGAAUGGUGAGAAUAUCAGUGGCGUUACAUCUCAAUCUGAGGAUGAUUCUGACGACGAGUACAAGAAGAGUAAGCAAAAGGAUAGUAAGAAUAAAGAGAGGGCUAACUCGCCAUCGGAUGAACGUGCGCGACGAAUGCGACUUUUUGGCUUUUGGAGUGGACCAAAACGACACAGGGUCGCAUCAUUGAAUGCCUUGGCUAAAGUUCACUGCCUCUACGAAAAUGAAACCGGCGGAGUUUAUCUUGGUGGUUUUUGCAAACCGAAACCCGAAAAGGAGAAGGAGAAAGAGAAAGAGAAACCGAAGAAAAUGAAAGAGGAAAAAGAAGAGCAGCCACGUAAAGAAAAAGAGAAAAAGGUUGAAUGCAAAACGGAGGAGAACGUCCUGAAAAGAAAACUGAGAAAUGUGCCCGGACUACGUGGCAAACAUUGGGAUAUGCCGGGGAGUUCGUCAUCUUCAUCCUCAUCCGAUGAGGACUGCGAGAAGGAAAAGAACGUUGAACCAAGCAAGAAGAAAAUAACUAAAAGGAGGAAGAGAAACGAGGAAGUAAUGGACUUGAAGGAUAUGGUUGUUUGCAAGAGGAUGGCCAGUCUUAAUGCCACUGCCAUUUUGGCUGCUUCCUACUCCGAUGAGAAAAAUCGUUGUGGUAGCAGCAGCAGCAGCAGCACCAGUGAUUCCUCCAGUGAAUCGGAAGUAGAGAUAAUUAAAAGACGUAGACAAAAUGACUCAGACGAUAAGAAGAAGUCAAGGCAAGGCUCUGAUCCGGAGGAGGCUAUUAAGCCAUCUAAGAAAGUUGUCAUCGUUAACCAGGACACUGAUGUCACUAUCACUGGUGUCUACGUCAAUCAAACUCGAUCUACUCAUCACGAAGGGUAUUGCAGUAUUGCUGGUAUGCAGUACAGGAUUAGUUCUACCAGUCAUACUCAAACUGCAGCUACCGCGGUGGCUACUGAACUUCACGAUCAGCAAAAAAUGGAACAACCUUGCAAGUCUUACACUCCGCUCGGUGCAUUAUCUUCUAUGCAGCCACCAGGUAGCCAGGGUAAUCAUCCUAACAUGUCACCUCGCAGACAUUCAGCAUUCUCGACCCCUCAACACGGGUAUUAUCAGCCGGCUGGUCCACUGAUACAGCACCCACCACCACCACCACCAACCUUACCACCCAUUAAGGGUCCACCUCCGGAACCGACACCCACGCCUCCCCAAAACUCAGAGGGUUCGGACGAUCUGGUCGCUACUUCCACAACUUCAGGAGGCACAAGCAGUACGGGUGGAGGCUUUUAUAGGACAUAUUGCCCGCAGUACUACGGCACGCCGCAGUAUCCGGAUCUGUGUUAUCCGCCGACGUAUCCUCAUCCUCACCCUCAUCCGCCGCAUUUCUACAAAUACCCGCCCACUUACAGGAGGCAAUACUAUGGCUAUCAAGAGUCCGGUGGGGGUGGUGGACCGCCGCCAGGCAGCGGUGCCACCGGAGGUGGUCCUGGAGUCGUUGAUUAUCAGCCACCUCCGCCACAGCCUGGAGAAUAUCCGCUACCCUAUUACGGGGGAUAUCCUCCGCCCCCCCAUCCGCCGCCGCCACCUCCGAAUCCGGCAUAUCUGCAUUCUCAGGGAAGACCUUUCGUAGACCCCUUUCAGGGUUGUCCAUGCCCGAUGCAAUCGUGUCCAAAAAACGUGGAUACUGGGGCCCUUAUUGGUAAUGGUAAGGGAGCGCCAGUGGUAUCGGGGCCCGGUCUGUCAUUGCCACCCAGUGCUUUGGUAGGUCCGCCCUCGCCGGCGAGGGGGCUAGCUGGGCUAGCUCCCCCUCCCGGUGCCAAUGCCUGGGAUACGGAUCGCGUCCAAAUCAACACUCAUCGCAACCUAAAUCAGAACCAACCCCCCUCGGUCCCGCCGUCACACAAUCUAGUCGGUGGGCAUAGUCGCCUUCAAAGCCAAGACUGUAGGAGUAAGGACGAACAAAAUUGUACGGAGGAUACGUUGAGGAAAUGCGGUUGUCAGAACGCGUGUACGUCCACUUGCGAGGUCAAGAUGGAAACGCUAUCGCCCACUGAGAAACUGUCCGUGACAGCGAGCUGUCCCAGCAGCAAGUAUCACAAUUUCAAAUUGGAGAACAACAAUGUCAAAUGCGAAUCCUGCAGUAUGGAGAUUGACGGGUUGCCGUGCGUCGCCAAUUGCAACGUCGUCAAGUGCGAGUCGGAUUACAAGUGCGAUAUCAUGAAGUGCGAGCAGUGCAUGAAGGAGGGACAGAUAGCGAUAUUGGAGAUGGACAAGGAUUCUGGUAUCGUGCUGGACGACAAGCUCGACGGCGAUCCUGACGUGAAGGAGGAACUGGACGUAGUGGUGAUCGACAGCGAUGAGAACUGGAAAAAGCCUGAUUACGAGCCGACCGUACAAGAGACCGUUGACGAUAAGGAGGAGGAGGAGGAAGAGAAUGAGGGCGAAAUGGAGAAGGAAGUCAUGCAGGGAUCGAUUGCGACCAAGGUCGAAGCUGAAACUGAGGAACAGCCCAAGUGCCAAAAGGUGACGAAGAGGAAGCUCUCGCUGGAUAGCUUAUCGGAUAGUAGAAAAAAGAGAAAACUUAGUAAAAGGGCUCUAUCGGUGGGCUCGUCUCAAGAUGCGAAUAACGAGGAAUCGGCCAAAGUCAUUGCACCGAUCGAGCCACUACCGAAUAAAGCUGAUAGCGUAAGAACGGAACCGACUACCUCGAAGAAAAAGCAAACGAAGAAAGACGUAGGACUUCGAGGCCAAAAACGCAAAGCGGAGGCGCCGAGUGCGAAUGAGAGCGCGACUAAAAAAGUAAAGAAUGGCAAACAGAGCAUCGUGAAUUGCUUAAAACGAACCGCCAGCGAUAUUUCGAUAAUGGAAACUAUCAACGAUGUGAUACAGCAGAGUCUACAGAUGACGCAGAGGAAAGAUCGCAAAAGCAAGAACUGUGAACGCAUCGAAAAGAAGAAGAAGAACGUCAAAGAGGAAUCAUUGCCGGCGACGAAGAAGCUCGCGAAGAAAAUCGAUCAAAUGAAGGAGCAAAUUAUUGAAAAAGUGUCAAAGGCUGUUUCAAAGAAUGGUCAAGCCAAAAGUAAGACGGACGCGAAGCCGAAACUGAAGGCUUCUCAAGAUGCUAAGGUCAAGGUUGGUAAGAGCAAGAUUGGCAAAAUCGUGGAGACAAAGGCACAGGAUAUAAAGUCAAGGUCGCAGGAUUCAAAAGCGCGGGACAGUUCGAAGAAGCGCGAUAUCUUAUCUAAGACCAAAGCGAGUGACGUCAGUGAAGAUCCGAAGAAGUCAGCCGUAAUUAAGAAGAAGCGAAAGACAGCAGUAAAGAAGGUGACAAACACCAAGAAGUCGGGCUGUAAAGUGGAGAAUUCCUCGCUUGGAAAUGAGAGUCUGACUUUAACGAGAAAAACGUUCCUGAAACCGAAGUGGAACAACGGAUGGAGUUGGGAGGGGGAGCCCUUUGAAGCCAAAGUUUAUCUAACGAAUGAAGAAACAGCCAUACGGCGAUGUUACGCGAGUAUGAAUCACGAGAGCGGUGACGUAUUGCGGCCUCGGGACUGCGUAUUGCUGAGGAGCGGUACGCGAAAGGGUGAUUUGCCGUAUGUAGCGAAGAUUGCGGCACUUUGGGAGAAUCCGGACGACGGCGAAAUGAUGUUCUCGUUGCUGUGGUACUACAGACCUGAGCACACAGAACAGGGACGGACGCCACACGAUAGCGAAGACGAGGUAUUUGCUUCGCGUCAUCGGGAUGCAAAUAGUGUCGCUUGCAUAGAAUUCCCUACUUUAAUAUUGAAAAACAUAAUUUUUUUUUCUUUUAACCAAGCAGGAUCGGAUUAUCUAUAUUGCUGCAUAUCGUUUUUAUGUUAUAGGUAUCGUAAAAACUUACGGAGGAUCGAAGAGGGCUUAGAAAAUCCUGGCUUGAUAGUUCCGCCAGGGGACCAAGUGUAUCCAAGAGAGAAUCGGCAGCCUCCUAUACCAGUACCAUCAGACAUGGUGCUUUUCUGCCGACGUGUUUACGACUAUCGCGGGAAAAAACUCGUGAAGAACCCUGGAUGACUCGAAUUCCUGUAAGAUGCAAACCGAGGAAGCUUAGGUCACACAUUGAAACUGGCCGCAGGUCUCCUUUCAAGCGUAAUUACGCUGUUGAUCGAUUUAUCUUGAUUUCGAAGGGUGACGAGAUCCAAUUGUUUUUGUAGCGAAUUAUCGAUUCCACGAACACACACACACACACACACACACACACACACACAUCCUCUACUUUUCCUACUUUCCAUCACGUUGCGUCUUACCCGUUUGCUAGAACAGUUUUCAUACAGAGAAACAUUCGAUUCUAUCCAAAAUUAUUAAGAGAAAGUGAAAAAAGUAGAUGAGUGCGCAAAUGUUUCAAAAACAAUUGGAUCCUUCUAUCUUUAUAUAUAAACGUAGGAAAAAUUUUAAAACAUUGCAUCAAGGAAGAUUCGCAGAAAAAAAAAUGGCACCUCAUGUAUAUCCUCAAGUAUACUGCAAGGCUACUUUUAUCGCGCUGCUUAUAUUAAUCGAUCUUUCUAUUCUGCUCGUCUGCGAUACCACAGAAAUCAUGAUGAAUCGUUCAUUAAUUCUGGUGAUAAAUGUUGUGUGGAAUUCAUGUCAGCGGAUCGGGCGCGAGAAAGCGCGCCGAAUAUUCGGGCCAAAACAUAUAGAUCAAUUACACGUUCCGAAUGAUAUUUUUCCAUGGAUGGCAUUAUCUGCAUGUUCCUCUCGCGGGCGAUUGCGAACUUCCGCCCCCGUGCUCUCCAUUUUCCGCCGGCACGAAUGAAAGCAACGUACAAUCUCGAUAACGUGUAUAAGAUGUUUCUAGGCGAGUUAGUGGAAUUUGACAAUUUUAUAGAGAGAAUCAUAUUUUUUGUGAGAUAGCAUUUUACACAACACUUAAAUGGAUAUUUUUCACAUAGGAGAUAACAAAUGCGCGACGCCGUAAUGUCGUGCGUUACAGCGCCUUAACUUGAAGGGAACCUACGAACAGUUUCAAAGAUAAGGAAUCAAAAACAGGGACGACAUUGCGAUUAUUUAGCGAGAACAGCGUUAUGUAUAUGUAUAAGUACUCUACCGAACUCUCCGAUUAUAUCAGGCCCGAGCGCCUGAUACGAAAGGCGAACAUCAAGCGUGUGCAACAUUACACUUCCAUUGUCCCAUAGUGUGUUUGCAUCUGUUUCGGGGACGCGACUUCUCCCCAAAAUCCGACCCGCGCACAUAUGUCAUCUUCGUAAACGUAAUCAUUGUAAUGUAAAAUGCAUUUUUACGAACAGUGCCGAAGACAAAAUUUUUCAAAACUGGAAAUGGCUUGAUUUGUAUCGAAGAAUUUAAUUUAUGCUUGCA